GCGAUUACUAUCACUGGUACUGUAGACAUUAUAAAAUCCUCUCUGUCCUACAACUCACGUAAAACGUAAGAAAUAUGCUUCGCAACUCAAAGUAUUUGUUCAAUCCAGAUGAUAAUUUUGUCCCCUCAAAAUUACAUUUGGGGGAAUUCUUUAUCAAGACAUUUAAGAAGUAUGGAGACAAGGCUGCAUUGAUCAACGGCGCUACUGACACGACGCUCACCUACAAUGACAUACUCCAAGCGUCUAUGAAUAUUUCUGUUUGUCUCUCUGAACUCGGCUUGAAGAAAGGUGAGACGGUUGGCAUAUGUUCCGAGCCGACACUGGAGACAUGGUCUGUGAUCGUCGGAGCGGUCUGCACUGGAGGUGUGAUGACACCUUUAAACGUUCGAUAUGUAAAAGACGAACUGCGACAUGUUAUGAAUAUAUCAAAGCCGAAAAUUCUUUUUUGUUCAAAACAAGCAUACGAUAAUCAUGAAGCUAUAUUCAAAUCAUUAGUUUAUAUUGAAAAGAUUAUACUAUUUGGUGACGAGAGAGUAGAGGGUACAUUACUGUACGAAGACUUGGCGACUAUAACACCUAAUUCGAUGUUGAAAGAAAAUGUAAAUUAUGAAGAAUUUGAAGUAGUUGAUGUACAAGGUCAGAUUGAUACAGCUUUCCUGAUGUAUUCAUCAGGAACGACGGGAUUACCUAAAGGAGUUAUGCAAACGCAUCUAAGUGCCUUAAUUGUGUUUAACUUAUCGUGUUUACUAGAUCCAACACAUAUCGUGUUGAACAUAACACCCUGGUACCAUGCUAUGGGAUUAAUGAGCACGUUUAUAUAUCUGAGUCAUGGCUGCAAACAUGUCUUUUUACCAAAGUACGAGACUGACUUAUAUUUGAAGACCAUCGAAAAAUAUAAGGUGAACCUGCUAGUGUUGGUGCCGCCCGUGUUGAUGGCUCUUAUCAAGACGUCCUCGCAGUACGACCUCAGCUCAGUCCGGGCUAUUAUGAGCGCAGCCGCUGCACUUAGGAAGGAAACUAUCGAAGCUAUCAAUAAAAAAUUCAAAAAUCUGAAAGGCAUUUGUCAGGGAUAUGGUAUGACAGAAACUACGUUCGUUGUCACCAUGGACACUCUCUUCACAGAUGGCACGUGCAAGCCAGGCAGCGUCGGUAAAGUUGUACCCAACACGUUGAUAAAGAUAGCAGACGUAGCCACCGGAGAGCCUCUUGGUCCGCAUCAAAACGGCGAAGUGUGCGUUAAAAGUCCUCUCAUUUUGAAAGAUUACAUUGGACACGACAAAAAUUGUUGUUUAGACAAAGAUGGCUUCUUUAGAACUGGCGACGUCGGGUACUAUGAUGAAGAGAAGUAUUUGUUUAUUGCCGAUCGAUUAAAGGAAUUGAUCAAAUACAAAGCUUAUCAGGUACCUCCAGCGGAGAUAGAAGCAGUUCUGCUGCAGCACGAAGGAGUGCGUGACGUAGGAGUGGUAGGGCUGCCGCAUCCUGAGGCCGGCGAGCUGCCUGUCGCCUUCGUGGUGCCGCAGCCUGGUGCCAACCCUACCGCAGCAGAACUGCAGCAAUUUGUUGCUGAAAGAUUAUCAAAUCCCAAACAUUUAAGAGGUGGAGUACAUUUCGUGAAGGAAAUAUCUAAAACUGCAAGCGGUAAAAUACUGAGAAAACAUCUCAGAGAAUUAGCUGUUAAUUUACAAUAAAUAAUUAUAACUUAAGCAUAAAUUAAAUUUGUAUAACCGUGUAAUCCGAUUAUCGUAAAACUUGUAAUGAAACUUGUUUUUGUGAGUAAUAUUUCAUAGAGCAUAUGAGAGAUAUGAUUUUGUAUAUUUCUGUCGACAGUGGA